AUGCUCACUGGUGAGGGAGCAGCGCAGGAGCAGCAGGAGCAGCAUCAUAGGGAACCUUUUCGAGUGGGAGAAGUUGUUGAGAGGGAUAUUGACGGCGUCUGGUUCCCUGCUCAGGUAGUUGGCGUUCACGAGAAGACGUACGAAGCAGGACGAUCGGGUAGUUCCGGCUCCAUCGGGCGACCGUGGCAGCUGGCGUACGACCUCGUCUACCUCGACGACAAUAACCGGGAAAGCGAGGGGGAAGGGAAGGACGGAGGCGUCCACGACGAAGGCGACGACGGUCACGCGGGCCCCAAGGUCACGAUACACUCCUCUCGGGGCACUUUCGACACCAAGGAGGACGGCUCCGCCUCCGCGUACAUCAUCAACGGCCCUGAGACCAACGUGGCCGCGGGGAGCGGGUUGAGAGGGAUCCGUUGGCUGAGAGGGCCCUAG